UUAGCAUCGAAUAGGCAGUAGAUACCCACUUUUUCUGUUGAUUCUCCCAAAGAGGAAACGGAAACAGAGAGCAAGAAGAAAAAAAAAUGGUUUGUUUAGAACAGAAAACAGUGACCAGAAAAGGAGCGAUAAUAUUCACAUAUGUUUGAAGGUACUAAACAUUUAGCACAGAGUACCACCUGUUAGCCUUGCUUCACCCUAAACCGCAACAAAAAUCCAAUCUUGAUCCCUCCAAAACGUUCUUGUCAAUAAGCUAAUCAUCAGCUGGAGACACCAAGAGUCUUGUCAAAAUACCAUACUGUGUAUUGGACCCACAAAAAGACGAUGAUUGAGCUCGACAACAACUAGCAAAAGAGGGCAGCAUCACCUACCACCCAAAGACUAUGGAGAUGGGUGGUUCGAGUGGUUCUUCGGAGUCGCAACUGCUCAAAAUUGGUUUGCAAUUCGGGAAAGAAAUCUAUUUUGAGGAUGUGGGAGUUGGAGCUCAGGUUAAAUCCGAUGAUGGGUUGUCUCCGGCGAGCGGCGGCGAUGCUGCUGGAGGGCCGCAGAAGAAAGGGAGAACUGCUGGUGGGGUGGUGAGUGGUUUUGGACAACAGCAACCACCGAGGUGUCAGGUGGAAGGUUGUAAUCUGGAUCUGAGUGAUGCUAAAAGUUACUAUUCAAGGCACAAAGUUUGUGGUGCUCAUUCGAAAACGGCUAAGGUCAUUGUUAAUGGCCUUGAACAGAGAUUCUGCCAACAGUGCAGCAGGUUCCAUCAACUACCAGAGUUUGACCAGGGAAAAAGAAGCUGCAGGAGACGAUUGGCUGGGCACAAUGAACGUAGAAGAAAGCCAUCUCUGCUAUCCACUCGCUAUGGAACUGUCUCCUCCUCAAUCUUUGAAAACAAUGGGAAUUCUGGAGGCUUUCUAAUGGACUUUUCGUCAUGCUCAAGAGGAAGGAUUCAGUGGCCAGGAACAAGGGCGGCACCACCGCCUCGAGCCGCCAUCGACCUCCCAAUUGCCGGAGAAAAGUUCCCACCGCUUCCAUGGCAAAGCAACCUGGAUAAUCCACCUCCUUAUGUUCCACCAGGAGGGUGUUUUAAUGGAGUCCAUGAGGACUCCAACUGUGCUCUCUCUCUUCUGUCAAAUCACUCAUCUGGCUCAAGGAACCAAUCCCUGAGCCAUGAGUACUAUAUCAACCCUGAAGCUGGUGCAUAUGUGCACCAGCUUCAUCAACCAACAACCGGAACCGGAGCUGGUUCCGGAACCAUGGUUGAGGUUCACUACUCAACCACCGCCACUGGCUGGGUAUACGAGACCCAUGAUGCCCAUUUGGGUUUGGGUCACGUCCCACAGUCUGGUGGUGGCUACUCUGGUGAGGUUGGACUUGGUCUACAUGGUGGGGGAAGGCGAUAUGACUCAUCUGUUGACCACAUUGACUGGUCACUUUGAGUGAUGUGUAUCAUCAAGACUAUGUUAUGUAAAACUUUUCAACUCUGACCUGUUUGUUUGUUUUGUUUUGUUUGUGUUGGGACAUGAUCAUGACUAGCAUUUAUGAUGUAUUGUAGUUGAAACUGAUGAAUGGGGCCUUUGGCUUUGUCUAAAUAAGAAGGAAAUGUUUCCUGGGUUUGGAUA